AUGAAAUAGAAAAAUAACAUUCUAUCAACAUCAUUGUUGUUAAUUAUUAUUGAAUUAGUGACUAAUUAGAUUUGUUAAAAGACAGAUACAACAAUUAAAUCAAUCAUAAGAGGAAAUUAUUUAAUGAGUAAUUUCUAAAAUCAUAAAAUUUAUAUUGAAGGAGGUAAUGAAGGAAGUUGUUUACUUGAUAAUAUUUACAUAGUAGAAUAUAGAUUUGGACAUCCAACAAGCCUGAUUGGAACUUCAAUAAUAUUUUAUCUAUACCAAACCUAUGAAUUAAAUACCUUAAAAAUAUGGUUUUGGGAUCUAAAAACAACUUUCUAUGCAAUAUCGGAUUUUAUAAUAUUCAAUAAUAUAGAAACAAUAAUUUAUGAAAGUAGUCGUGGGUAAUUAAUAACAUUUCAGAUUAGGAAUUAGCAAAGAUUUUCUAAGAAAAGCACAAAUAGAAUUAGGAACAACUUAUCCUUUCCUGUCGGGGUAAAGAGCACAGAGUUCUACAUAAGUAAAAGAGCCUAUAUCUGUAUAUAUGAGGGAAUAUCUUUUUUAAAUAAUUAUUUAAAUUUAGAAGAAACAAAUUUUGCUUGUUUUCAGCAUUUUGGGUGA